UCUCUCUCUCACACACACACACAUUUCUCCUGCUGGUCCCUCUUCCUUGUUGAGCAGCCUAAACAGUCAAGAUGGAAAAUCUUCCUUUCAUCAUUGGAGUCAUUGGCAACAUCAUUUCAGUUUUCAUGUUUCUCUCGCCAGUUGAGACAUUCAGAAGAAUUGUAAAGAAUCGAUCAACUGAGGAUUUUGAUAGCCUUCCAUACAUUUGUACAUUGCUUAAUUCGUCUUUGUGGACUUACUAUGGACUUAUAAGGCCAGGCAGCUAUCUUGUCUCCACUGUCAAUGGUUUUGGAGUCAUCGUUGAGAUUAUCUACGUUGCUUUGUUCCUUCAAUUUGCUCAUUCACAAAUGAGAAAUAAGACUGCCAUCCUAGCAGGGGUUCUGAAUGUGACCAUUUUAGGAAUAACUCUAUUGUUGGCGCAGUUUCUUUUACAUGGAGAGAUGAGAAUUAACGUUAUUGGUUUCAUGGCCACAGGUUUAAACAUCAUCAUGUAUAGUUCCCCUCUUGGUGUUAUGAAAACUGUGGUAACGACUAAGAGCGUGGAGUAUAUGCCAUUUCUUCUCUCGUUUUUCCUUUUCUUAAAUGGUGGCGUAUGGGCUUUGUACGCAUUGCUUGUAGAUGAUUGGUUUCUUGGAGUACCAAAUGGCAUGGGAUGGUUUCUGGGAGCAGUGCAGCUGGUUAUAUACGCCAUUUACAGGAACUCUAAUUCAUCAAAACAAAUCGCUCAAGAUUUAGAACAAGGAGACCAAACAGAAUGCCUGCUGCCACCUUCUUCUUCCAGCUCAGCUCAAGAGUAAAAAUAUUACAGUCCAUAUGGUAAUUAUUAGUUGAAGCAAAAAGAUGGAGAACAACUACGGUGUUACAUGAUUCCUGUGCUGCUUAUAUGGUUUGGUUCUGCAUUAACGUUUUCAAGAAUUUGAAAACAUAAAAAUUUGGACGUCAUUAAUUUAAUUUUUAUCUGCUGCGAGUUUUAGUUUCACGGCCAACUGAUAGUGGUUGGUAUUUUUUUGCGAUACCAAUUUUAUUUUCUUUGAAGGUAACAUGCAUGUAUUAUUUCAUUUGGUCUUGUAUUGUAUGGAUGUUUAUUUUUCUUUUUUGAUUUAUUACAAAAAAAGAUUCACACUUGUACAUAUUUGCCC